AUCGGCACUGGAAAGAUCGCCUCGGAGCGGCGCGGCGCGCAGGGGCAGUCCCGGCGGGUGGCGGCGGGCCCGGGCUGCGACCCGAGCGAGCCCCAUGCCCCGUGCGGGCUGACGGGCCGGAGCCCGCACUGAGCGGCCGGGCCGGACAGGUCCCGAUAGAGCGACAUGAUGGUGGAAUCAGCAUCGGAGACAAUCAGGUCGGCACCGUCUGGUCAGAACGGCGUGGGCAGCCUCUCUGGGCAGGCCGAUGGCGGCAGCGGGUCCGGGACCGCAGGCACGGCUCCGGCUGCGGGUAGGGACGGUUCAGGCAGGGACGGCGCCAGCGGAGCUGACAGCAAUGGCGAGAUGAGCUCCACGGAGCUUCUGCAGUUCCAACAGCAACAGGCUCUCCAGGUGGCCCGGCAGUUCCUGUUGCAGCAAGCCUCCAGCCUGAACUCCCCGGGGAACAAUGACAGCAAACAGUCGGCCUCUGCGGUGCAGGUGCCAGUGUCUGUGGCCAUGAUGUCGCAGCAGAUGCUUACUCCUCAGCAGAUGCAGCAGAUCCUGUCACCGCCUCAGCUGCAGGCCUUGCUGCAACAGCAACAAGCUCUCAUGCUCCAGCAGCUGCAGGAAUAUUAUAAGAAGCAGCAAGAACAGCUCCACCUGCAGAUCCUCACCCAGCAGCAGGCUGGGAAGCAGCAGCCCAAAGAGGCUCUGGGGAACAAACAGCUGGCCUUCCAGCAGCAGCUCCUGCAGAUGCAACAGUUGCAGCAACAGCACUUGCUCAACCUGCAGAGGCAGGGGCUGGUCAGCCUGCAGCCCAGCCAAGCCUCGGGGCCCCUCCAGGCCCUCCCGCAAGCAGCCGUGUGCCCGACAGACCUGCCUCAGCUGUGGAAAGGCGAGGGUGCCCCAGGGCAGCCUGCCGAGGACAGCGGCAGGCAGGAGGGGCUGGACCUCGCCAGCACAGCUGCCACCGCUACCUCGUUCGCCAGCCCCCCCAAGGUCUCCCCACCCCUCUCCCACCACCCCUUACCCAAUGGACAGCCCACUGUGCUCACAUCUCGGAGAGACAGCUCCUCCCACGAGGAGACCCCCAGCUCCCACCCCCUUUAUGGACAUGGAGAAUGCAAAUGGCCAGGCUGUGAGACCCUGUGUGAAGACCUGGGCCAGUUUAUCAAACACCUCAACACAGAACACGCUUUGGAUGACCGGAGCACGGCCCAAUGCCGCGUGCAGAUGCAGGUGGUCCAACAGCUGGAGAUCCAGCUCGCCAAGGAGAGCGAGCGGCUGCAGGCCAUGAUGGCCCAUCUGCACAUGCGGCCUUCAGAGCCCAAGCCCUUCAGUCAGCCACUGAACCCAGUCCCUGGCUCCUCGUUCUCCAAGGUGACCGUCUCUGCAGACCCAUUCCCAGAUGGCCUCGUGCAUCCCCCGACUUCAGCCGCUGCCCCUGUCACACCCCUGCGACCCCCUGGUCUGGGCUCUGCCUCUUUGCAUAGUGGGGGCCCUGCCCGCAGGAGAAGCAGCGACAAAUUCUGCUCCCCCAUCUCCUCAGAACUUGCCCAGAAUCAUGAGUUCUACAAGAAUGCUGACGUCAGACCCCCGUUCACCUAUGCCUCCCUUAUUCGCCAGGCCAUUCUGGAAACUCCAGAUAGGCAGCUGACUCUGAAUGAGAUCUAUAACUGGUUUACCAGGAUGUUCGCCUAUUUCCGAAGAAACACUGCCACCUGGAAGAAUGCUGUGCGCCACAACCUCAGCCUGCAUAAGUGUUUCGUCCGAGUGGAGAACGUCAAGGGGGCCGUGUGGACCGUGGACGAGCGGGAAUAUCAGAAACGGAGACCACCAAAGAUGACAGGGAGCCCCACCCUGGUGAAGAACAUGAUCUCGGGCCUCAGUUACGGUGCCCUUAACGCCAGCUACCAGGCUGCCCUGGCAGAGAGCAGCUUCCCCCUCCUCAGCAGUCCUGGCAUGCUGAACCCUGGCUCAGCCAGCAGCCUUCUGCCCCUCAGCCAGGAUGACAUGGGUGCCCCUGGGGAGCCACUGCCGAGCAACGGGAGCAGCAGCCCCCCUCGCCUCUCCCCUCCUCAGUACAGCCACCAGGUGCAAGUGAAGGAGGAACCUGCUGAGGCAGAGGAGGACAGGCGGCCGGGGCCUCCGCUCGGCGCCCCCAACCCCAGCACUGUGGGGCCUCCGGAAGACAGGGACCUGGAGGAGGACCUGCCAGGAGAAGACAUGUCCUAAGGGCUGGAUGGGCAGGCAGGGCGGGCCAAGACCCUGCCGCCCAGUCCAGACCCCAGCCCACCCACCCCACUCUACAGCCCCUCCAACCUCAAGGCACUUCGGGGACUCAAGACGGGGGGACCUGGGCCAGCAGCUCCCCAAGCCACCUGACUGACAGACGCCUGGGGACAGGCACAUCCCUGCCCCCUGAGAGG